AUGACUUCUCAAGAAAACGCGCCUAAGACCCCGUCAAAAAACAUCGAGGAAUUUCUCCAACGACAUCCUCAAGUCCGCACCGGCACCGCCGCAAAGGCAGAACUAGACCAUCUCCACGAACACGGCGAUACAUUCUGUGUCAUAAACAAACUCUACGACAACGCAAUUCUUCACAAAGACUACGACCCAGACUCUCUCAAGCUCAUCUUUGCUUUCGCGUACGUCAACGAUGAGCAGGCAAUGGCUAAUUACAUGGAAGGCGCUGGAGAAGACGAUAGCGUCUUGUGCGAUUGUGAAGUUGGGAGGGAAGAAGGUCCGGAUCAUCAUCUCCAUGAGUUUGUGAGGGCUACGGUGCCGGACUGUAAGGUCCACAAGGAGAAUGAUGAGCCAGAUCCUGGGUGCUCGGAUUGUUGGCCGGUUCAUUGUGGGAGUAAUUGUCGGGGGGUUGAGGGGUUUGAGUGA